UGAAGUUCAAACGUCUAAAAUGUAAACAAACAUUCAUAACCUAAAACUAAUAAAGUUUUGAACUUUUAAAAUAAUUUUAAAUAAAUAAUGAAAGGUCAACAUGUUGUCAAUACACUGUUUUCAGUUCUUCCUAUUUAGCCUUUGUGUUCACAUAUCAACAGUGUUUAUAUAUUUUGUUUACUACAGUGAUUUAAUCUCCACAAGAUAUAUCCAGGAUAUAAAGCCGGAGUAUGACUACAUUAUAGUUGGUUCUGGCACAGCAGGCUCCGUCAUCGCCCAUAGACUAGCGACAGAGACUAGUUAUACCUUCAUAGUGGUUGAAGCAGGGUGUAAGAGUCAUGCAUUACUUGAGGCACCCGUACUCGGACCUUUCUUCCAUGGCUCUCUGCUGGACUGGCAGUUUCAGACAGUGCCUCAGAAACAUGCUUGUUUUGCUAUGAAAAAUAGGAAAUGUAAAUUAGCCCAAGGCAAGAUCUUGGGAGGGUCCUCUAAGCUCAACAACAUGAUUCAUGUCCGAGGUAAUCUAUCACACUAUGUUGACUGGUUCCAUGGAAAACACACCAAGGAGUACUUAGAAAAACAGUUUGAAUUUAUAGAACAAAACAUUCUACAUUUAAAUGAUGUGCAAUAUGAAAGUGAUUUAACUGAUGCAGUCUUAGGGGCAGCCAAAGAAUUAAAUUAUGAUAAGUUAGACACAGAUUUUAAGUUAGGCUUCAGAAAAAAUAUUGUCAGCCAGAAUAAUGGAAAACGAUGGUGCACAUCUGAUAAUUUAGAUGUAAAAAAACAUGUAAUCACCAAUGCUUUAGUAGAAAAAGUUAUUUUUAAAGGCAACACUGCUGUAGGUAUCAAAAUACUACUAUCUGGCAGACAAAGUAUCAUUUAUGCAAGAAAAGGCAUUAUUCUAUCUGCUGGGGCAAUAAAUACUCCAAAAAUAUUACAGUUGUCAGGUAUUGGGCAACAAAAACUAUUAAAAACAAUAGGGAUACCAGUUGUCAAAAAUUUACCUGUGGGAGAAAAUCUACAAGAUCAUAUAGGCACUGGAUUAGACUUUGUUUUAUUCAAUAAAUCGGUUUCAAUUAGUGCUAUGGAUAUGAUUAAUCCUUUAUACGUUUUAAACUAUUUUAUUAAUGGCAAAGGACCAUGGACAACCCCAGGUUGUGAAGUGAUUGGUUUCCUAUCCACUAAAAACCAGUCAGAUCCAGAUUUACAAUUCAUGGUGCUGCCAGUAGGACUAUCAUCAGAUAGAGGUAGUUUAUUAAGAAAUAAUGUCAACAUUAGAGAUGAAGUAUGGGAAAAAUAUUUUUCUAAAAGUUUUGAUAGCUAUGUAGGCACCAUUCUCCCACUGAUAUUACACCCUAAAAGCAAAGGGCAUGUUUAUAUAAAUAGUACAGACCCCAAAGCACCACCUCUAGUAGACCCUAUGUAUUUGUCCCAUGAAAGUGACAGAGAAACUUUAAUAAAUGGAUUGAAGCUAGUCAUACAAUUUGUAAACACAAAAUCAAUCCAAAAAAUUGGUGGUUACAUAAACCAAAAUCAUUUCCCAGGGUGUGAACAUUUGGAAAUUUUCACAGAUUCGUACUUUGACUGCUACAUAAAACAUUUGACAUUGACUUCCUACCACCCUGUAGGCACUUGCUCUAUGGGGUUGCCAGACUCCAAUAAAUCUGUAGUAGAUACUUCUUUUAAAGUUUUGGGAGUAGAAAAGCUGUAUGUUGCUGAUGCCUCAGUGUUGCCAACUUUGCCCAGUGGAAAUAUAAAUGCAGCUAUUGCAAUGAUGGCUAGUGUCUUCUUUGAUAACAGUAUUAAAGUUAAAAAUCACAUUCCAUUUUGUUACAAAAAUGAUAUGUUUAAAGAAUAUUUAUUUAAUGUUUGUUUUGAUAGAUAAUGGAAAGAUUUUAUGUGAGUUCAUUCUGAACACUGUUUCUAAGCUAAGAAUGUAAAUGAUUGAGAUUUAAGCUGUUUACACAAUUUGAAUUAUAUGAGAUUAGGGUUUUUGACAUCUAGUGUAUUAUGAUUUAAAAUCAGCAUUAUUAAAGAGGCCGAUUCUAUAAAUAGGUACUGUUAAAUCUUGCUCUGGGCCAAUAAAUACUUUUUAAAUCCAGAGUUCAUUUAGGGCCCUCUUUUAUUUUGUCCCUUGCCGUACUGGAGGCGGAAGGGUCUUUAUUCUCACUAACAAGGGCACGAAAGAGGUCAAAAAUAACAAUGAUCAUGACUGGUCAUUAAUUUUCUGUUCUUAGCAUAAAAUCUUUAACGUUCAUGAGGUGUCUUAAUAACUGAAAAACUCAUUAUAUUUUAACACUUUAUUGAAUGUAUUAAGGACACUUCUAAACAUGAAAUUGCGUACAGGAUUUUGAGCGUCAAUUCCAAAACAAUCGUUACAUUACAAAUAAAAGAUUUGACACUAUUUAAUAAAUAAUAUUUUUUAAGACAUUUUAUUAAAAAGAAUUGUAAUACAUUCAAUUUUCAUGUUGAUCUUCGAAAUAUUUCGAAAUACUUUUUUCAUUAGGCACAUUCCCCAAGUGUAAAUAUUUGCAUUUGAUAUCAAUUUUUAAAUAGUGUCAAAUAGAUUAACCAGAUAGUAAAUAGGUUUAUUAUAAAUAUUCUUUCUACGAUUAAUUUUAUUAAAGUACAAUGAUACUUCAACUUAAUAAUACAAUAAGAAAAUUUGUGCCACAAGAAAUUAUUUUUAUCCGUUGUGUAGACGCCUGCAUCAUUAUUUAGAAUGGCCAAUUUUCAUAUAUUUAUGAUCAAACAGACAAAUAAUACAGUCGUCCAUACAAUGUACGUUGUUGUUUAUAAGUUAUUACAAAAUAAAUUACGAUUAUACACA